GUUUUCCCUCGCUUCAAGUCAACUUCCUCCAUUCAGAAUUUGAGCGACGACCUUCUCAGGUGGUCUUGCAAGCCAACAUGAAGGUGGAACUCCUUCCAGCCCUCACAGACAACUACAUGUACCUCCUCGUGGAUGAGGAGACCAAGGAAGCAGCCAUUGUUGACCCCGUGCAGCCCCAAAAGGUUCUGGAUGCAGUCAGGAAGCAUGGAGUGAAACUGACCACCGUCCUUACUACACAUCACCACUGGGACCAUGCUGGUGGCAAUGAGAAACUUGUAAAGAUGGAGCCGGGGUUACAAGUGUACGGGGGAGAUAGCAGGGUUGGAGCCCUCACCCAGAAAGUCUCUCAUCUUAUGUCAUUUCAGGUGGGCUCCCUCAACGUGAAAUGCCUCUCGACCCCUUGCCACACUUCUGGACACAUCUGCUAUUUUGUGACAAAGCCAAACAGCUCAGAGCCGCCUGCGGUGUUCACAGGGGACACCUUGUUUGUGGCUGGCUGCGGAAAGUUCUUUGAAGGAACUCCAGAAGAAAUGUACAGAGCUUUGAUUGAGGUCUUGGGGCGCCUCCCUCCUGAAACGAAAGUCUACUGUGGCCACGAAUAUACCAUCAACAACUUAAAGUUUGCCCGGCACGUGGAACCAAAUAACCCUGCCAUCCAACGAAAGCUUUCAUGGGCAAAGGCCAAGUAUGAUGGAGGGGAGGCAACCAUCCCGUCAACCAUCGGUGAAGAAUUCACAUACAACCCAUUCAUGAGAGUGAGGGAAGCAACUGUGCAGCGUCACGCCAAGGAAACAGACCCCGUUCGAACCAUGGGAGCCAUCCGGAAGGAAAAGGACAACUUCAAAGUGCCGAAGGAGUAAAUGGUCUAGAUCUACUGCUGCUUUUCUUUUUCUGUUAUUUAGUUCAAGAAAUCGAUGUUUCGUUGACCUGUUUUAUUGAAUUCAUUCACACGACGGAAUUCAGUAGGAAAAAAAACCACCAAAGCACUUUGCUGUUUAAAAAAAUGUUAAAAUUUAAUUAUUCUUGUACCUGUGGCACUCGGCUGAUAAUUAUUAUUUUUUUUAGCGUGAUGCAUGGAAAUUUUGUGGAUGUACCUACAGGGGAGCGGUGGGGUGUGUUUUUUGUCACUGGGGUCAAAUGUGGACAAACCUUGUUCCAGUGACACGGGCUUUUUUUGGAAGGUGACUCUGAACCCUCUGCCUCUCGAGUCGAAAUGCACACUCUCGUCUCUCGUUCCAUUCUUAGAUUUUCCAUUCAUAAUUAUUACUUGAAAGACUCUCAUAAGAACACCUCUGUGGCUUUUCUACACCUCGAAAUGAACGGCAAAGGAGCAUUUGCUGCUAUUCCAAAUGCUCCUUCGAUCUCAGCGUUUGAGAUCUGCAUGCGCUUCCUGCUGUCAGUGGGCAAAGAGCCCCUGAGCACAUGUGCCAGCCUCUCAGGGGAGCAGGAGCAGGCUGGGAAAUCCACAGAGGAGAAGUGACGCUGCCAGGGACAAAUGUAUGGAGGUAUUUGUAUAUCUUUAAAUAGGAAAAUGGUGAUUCUUUUGACAGCACUGUCAUUUCUACACUGCACUUUAAAAAGAAAAAAAAAUUAAAAUCUAUUUUAACCAU